GGAUGAGAGUAGAGGAGGAGGGGAGAUUCAUCCAGUGAGACAGAAGUUUCGGCUCUGCGCUUCACACACAGCAAAGGAUAGAGGAUAAAACACACACACACAGAUACAAUGCUGCCUCAAUCAAGUGUUCUGAUUGGCUUGCUGUGCCUGGGUUACGCAGGCUGCGUAUGGGGUUUCGCCCGUCUGCUGGACAAUGCAGAGCUACGCUCAGCUUUCUCAGUUGCUCGCACUAACAGCAUGGAAGGUGGACCAAAGAUGACAGUGACCUUUGACUCUGUGUACGUCAAUAUCGGUGGGGACUUUGAUGCUAAGGCAGGUUUGUUUCGCUGUCGGAUCCCUGGGGCCUACUACUUCUCCUUCACAGUGGGCAAGUUUCCCCACAAAGACCUGUCUGUGAUGCUGAUGAAGAACAGGAAUGAGGUGCAGGCCAUCGUAUAUGAGGAAAACGCCGGAGAGGAGAGGAAGGUGCAGAGCCAGAGCGUCAUGCUGCAGCUGGAGUUUGGUGACACCAUCUGGCUUCGUCUCCAUGGCGACCCUCGCUAUGCGCUCUACAGCAACACUGGGCACUAUACCACCUUCAACGGUUACCUCAUCUACCCCGACACCUAUGGCUACCAGAUGCACCACCACCAGCACCAUCCCACUUCUGACUCCCAGCAGCAGGAGAACCUCCAUCUGCAGGCCACGGAGCAUAUCAAGAGCAACGCGCGAGACAUAACAGUGGAGAAGGAGCUUUCUCACAAGAAAGAAGAAGAGAAAGAGGAGGAGGAGGAUGAAGAGGAUGAUAGAAGAUCUGCCUUCUCAGUGGGGCGCACCCAAAGUAUUCUGGGAGUAGAUCAGGUGGGCAUGCCCCAGCACCGACCAGUCAGCUUCAACACGGCUUUCGUCAACAUUGGAGAGGACUUUAAUGUGACAGAGGGAUUGUUCACGUGCCGCAUUCCUGGGGCGUACUACUUCUCCUUCAACGUGGGCAAGCUGCCCCAGAAGACGCUGUCCGUCAAGCUGAUGAAGAACCAUCUGGAGGUGCAGGCGAUGAUAUACGACGACAGCCAGGGUGAGAAAGCCCUGCAGAGUCAGAGCCUGAUGAUGGCACUGAAAUCAGGGGACACAGUCUGGCUCUACUCCCAUCAGAGGGAUGGAUUCGGAGCCUACAGCAACCACGCCAAGUACAUCACCUUCACUGGCUUCUUGGUUUACCCAGACAUCACCCCCUCCUCCCCCACCAGUGCCACAACCAGCCAAUCACAAGCUGACAAGAGGCCCUAACUGCAGCACCUCGGUGAGGGACUGAACAUUGUGAGAGGGGUUCAUAUAAAGCCUGAGAGUCCACAGAGCAUAUUGGAUAUCUGAGUUAAAAUAGGCAUGAAUGCUGCUCUAUGGCUGCUUCUCUCUUCAUAUGAAUUUACUCUCAGAGUCACACGGACUUCAGACUGAGCAAGGCACCUAGAAUAAAAUCUCAUCUGCUUCCCAGGACACGACUCACGUAAAUGCGAAUAUUUCACUCCAAAAUGAAAACUCCAUCAUUAUGAGCUAACCUUUGUGUCGGUCCAUCCUUCAGCCAGAGCCAAAGGUUUUAUACUUAGAGGUCUUCUUUACAGCUCACAAAGCCCACUCAGUGUUCGCUGUUGGUGCACCAUGAUCAGAGCGUUUCCUGAUCAGACGGCUGCUCUUUGAGCCCACUCACAAACAUCCGCCGGUGCUGCACCGGCAGAAGGAAAAGAAAACAAACAGAUUUUAAAUACCAACUGAGGUCUCACUAAUGACACGUCUUUAAGCAGAGCUGAAAAUUCUCCAGCCUACAAAACCUCAGACCAAAAAGCAUGAAACUCUAAAGGCUGAAUGUACUUAUAGAUUUGCUGUGGUAACAAAUUAGCAAGAUACUAAACCACAUUUUGUCUUACGACACGUCUACAUUAAACAUAGUUUAAUUAAAACAUGUACGUAGUCGCUGUAAUAACAAUGUUUAUUAACAUAGAGCAUUUGUUUAUACUUUACUUGACUAAUAAAUACUUAUAUCUCCUUACAACUAAUCCCAACCUCAAAGGGAUAGAUCAGAUUAUUUGAAGUGGGAUUAUGCGGAGUCAAUCUGAGCAGUCAGUAUCUUACCUGCAGUCAGAGUGUAGUAGCCAAGCUAACAGCUAACGCAAAGCAGGAAUAAGUGAAGAAUAAAUGUCAUCAUUUAAACACUGAAACCCAAAAGCAGCCCUGAGCAGGAGGUGCUCUACCGUGUCUGCAGGAGCAGCAAAGUGUUAACCCAUCAUUCACUUUGCCAGACUAACGAUCAAUUCAACGUUUGCUAAACUACUACAGGCUUGGUCACAUCUAGUUGAAUGAACAGGCCUCUCAAUAGCUACCGGAUUUUCCGGAGUAUAAGUCGCACCAGCCAUAAAAUGUAUAAUGAAGACGAAAAAAACAUUUAUUAGUCGCACUGGACUAUAAGUCGCAUUUUGGGGGGAAAUUUGAUCAUUUUUCUUACAAAAUCUGAGACCAAGUGUUUCACAUUGCAAGACAAGUACCGGUAACUGUAACAGAAUAAUCAAUCAGGCAGCAGCAGCGCGCCACGGUCUCCAGCAGAGGAUGGCGGUGUUUCAAACCCUCCCAGCAGGCGGGGAGAGCGCCUGCAGCACCCCGCCACAGGCUGCAGCAGGUGAUGGCGAUGUUUGAAACUCUCCCAGCGGGGCAGAGGAGCUGAAACCUGGACCGGAGGCGGCCCACAGCAGUGCGGUAUACAUAAUUUGGUACAUAAGUCACUUUGGUAUAUAAGUCGCAGGACCAGACUAUGAAAAAAAGUGUGACUUUUAGUCCGGAAAAUACGGUACUCUUGACCACUUCCCAGAUGACAGCCUCAGACUGCAGUGGAUUUUUGCAACAUGUAGCAUCAGCAGCCACUGAUCAGUUUAGAACAAGAAGGGAUUUUAAAUAGAAAUUAGACCAACUAGAACAACAGCCUCAAGCCAAAAAUGUUGAUAUGAGAAAUUGCUUUUGUUCAAACUGCCCUAGAGGUUUGGAGUUUGCUUUGUUUUCUUUAGCAGAAAUCUGCUCUGCUGGGAUUAGCAGUUAGCUUGGUUACCCUUGAUUAUCCAAACUGGGAUCACGCUGAACAAUUUCAGUUUAAAGAAGAUGAAACUGCGUUUCUAAUCCAGGCUUUCCACCAGAUGUGUUAGACACACGUAGACGCGUUUUCACCGUGACCUCAAGUGCUCCCUAAGUUACUGGGAGCACUUCAGACGCACAUUGUGAAUGCCUUCAGCUGGUCCUGCAAGAUCACACAAGCAUAAUCAUUAUAUCAUUUGCACAUGUCUUUUAUUUUGAAAUUUGGCAAUUGCUUAACUCUGCUCCUUUGUUUGAUUUCCUGUCUGGCCCAAUCUGACCUGCUGAGAUUUACAUGUAGCACGUAAAAAACGUAGACCUGGCCCGUAUUUAGCAGAGCAGCACCACAUAACACUUUGUGCCCAGUGGAAACAAACAACUUCAACUGUGGCUAUGGCUACGAUUUGCGCUUCGCAGACAUUAUGUAACACUUAACAUCUGAUGAAAAGUCGAGAUGAGUGUUAAUGUUUGUUGUAAUUAAAAAGUUAAAGUGAUACACAUAUGGGUCUAUAACAUUUGCAUUUUUUCAGCAUGUAGCUCUGGUUACCUCUGGUUAUUUGUCAAUAACACUAGAUGCUACUUUAGAAAAUGUGAUUUGCAUAGAAAGCACAAGUAAAAAUCUGGAUUAAUGGCUCCAAAGGAGACUGAGAACGGUCAAGUUGGACCUGAAAACAGCAGCAAAAACAUAUAAGUGAUUUUGUGUCAGAUAAAUGUAAUAAGAGUACCAGUGUAAAUGUUAAGUGUAUAAUGAAAUAAUUAUAAACAUGAGUAAAUGUUGCACCACCGUGGACAUAAACGGUAGUUUAUUCAUGUGCAGUGGGGUCUGUAAUUUGAAGCAUGUUGACCUGAUUCACAGCAUCAGGCUGCUGGUUGAUAAUCACAAAUUUUUCAUUCUCUAGUGAAAUAUUCCUCAGUGCUGGUGUUUUCUUUGUCCUGUAAGAAGUGAUUCCCUUUGUUGGGUCUGUAGAGGCAUGUAAACAAUGUGAACUGUGUUCUUGUUUCAAAAAGAGUCUCUUCCUUUGUCUUUUGGGAGUUUGGCAGCAAGAGAGGCGAACGAGGGGACAGAGCCCACACAGGUUUUUGUGCAGAUUGCGUGUCCUAACAGCGGUGACCAUGCCAACAGUGAGCCUGCAGGGAUCUGGACCAUAAUGUGGUUGCUAAUUCUAACUGCAUUUAUUUCAUGUCUUCAGAUGGUGACCAAUGUGUGGAAAAUUGAAUCGCUUCACCUGCGCUGCUGUAACAAGCGUGUCUGUUAAAUUUUAUGGCGUCUGGGGAAAGAUGAUACAGUUCAAAAUGUCAUGCGCCUCUUUUUUAUUCUCUGUUGGAGGGCCGGAGGAACUUGAGUUUGAUUCAACAUUUUGAUGUUUUAUCACAGACGAUUGGCUUCAAGUCAGGUAAACAAACAUCCACAAAAUGUUAUAUUAUGAAAUAAAGUCUGAACUAAAUAGGUAGUGAAAAAUAAAAUCCUGAUUUAGAAAUUGAUUUGGUGCGGCUCAGUUUGUGGCGUAACUUUGUUUUGUAGAAAGAUUCUCACAUGAAAAAAUGAUGUUUCUCAUCAGGCAGAAUGUUAAAAUGAGGAAAUGGAAGUUAAAAAUGAGAAGAAAAUCAAAGAAACAGACUAAAAAUCAAAAGAAGGUUUUAAAAUGUUUGAAAAAUUAAAACAAAACCUCAUUUCCAACUAGAACCCAUGGUAUGAGAGGCAGAUUUGCUUUUAGGAAACCAUAGAAAUCAUCGUUUUUAUCAAAGCAAGCAUUUGAAUUUGACUUUUGUUAGUUUCUUUAAAAUACUUGAAAAUCUCCAAAUGCUAAAACCUAAAAUGAGCUAAAAACUUUCCUGAGGGGAGGAGUUCAUUCAGCCAUUGCUUCACUGUGAGGAAAAUAAAAAUCAGACCCUCCCCUGCUGCAGUGACGUCUACAAAGAAUCUAAAUUCUUGUCCAUUUCUCGCCACUCUUAGCUUGUCAGUGAGCCUUGCAGCAGAUAGCAGGUGUUUGGUCACAGUCUAAAUCCUGGAAGUUCUUGCCUUGGUGUGUUGGACCUAUGAUGGCUUCAGAAAUUAGAGUUUGUUCUACAAAAAUGUAAAAAAGAGAACUGCACAGAAUGCAUGGUGAGUGCAACAACAUGAGUGUAUUUGUUAAGACUCUCAGAGACCUGUGUUAUGCAUGCAAUAAAAAUAGUCUUCUAAAAAACGACUUUAUGAUUCCUGAGCAACAUCAAAGGCGAGGUACGUGUUGACUGUGUUUUAAUUGACUUAUCUGUAAAAAUCUUAAAAUGUGUUUUUAGUUAUUGUUUCUGUUUUUAAUGAACUUGAUCAAAGAUUAUGUAUUUCAAAGAAUUUCAUAUUCAAAUAAGGCUAAAAAUGUGGUUCAGGUUUGAGUGGUUGUUUUAAAAUAAAAUAAAAAUUUCAACUUUUCUUCAAACAAAUUCAAACCUGCUGGUAGAAAAUACCGAAAAUCUUUUUGACCGGCGUUGUUUUCUGUCGUCUGGCAAAAGAUGAUUUUUGUUUUACAUGUUUUAAUUUAUUUUUUCAUGUAAAGUGAAUGAAAACAUAUUAAUAUUUAACAAAAUAAAAUAACAUCUAUUACA